CGUGGGCCUGGCUUCUUCGCGACGUGGUGCGCAGGCGCCUCGGGCGCUGCUUACCAGAGUAGCAAUGGACGCCUUGGAGUCGUUGUUGGACGAAGUGGCCCUGGAGGGGCUGGAUGGCCUGAGUCUUCCCUCACUGUGGAGCCGUCUGGAGACGCGAGUGCCGCACUUCCCGCUGCUUUUGGAGCCCUACACUCAGGAGUUUCUGUGGCGGGCCCUUGUUACGAACCCCGGCAUCACCUUCUAUGAGAAUCCUCGAGAGCGACGCGACCUCCAGCUCCAGGACCGAUAUGAAGAAAUUGACUCAGAAACUGGUAUUUUGGAAUCCAAAAGGGACCCAGUUCCUUUGGAGGAUGUCUACCCCAUUCAUAUGAUCUUAGAGAAUAAGGAUGGCAUCCAGGGCUCAUGCCGGUACUUCAAGGAGAGGAAAAACAUUACCAGUGACAUCAGGUCCAAGUCUCUGCAGCCUCGUUGUACCGUGAUAGAAGCCUAUAACAGGUGGGGCAGGAAACUGAUCAUCGUUGCCUCCCAGGAGAUGCGCUACAGGGCCCUGAUUGGUGCGGAGGGAGAUCCUGAUCUGAAGCUCCCCGACUUCUCCUACUGCAUUUUGGAGCGAUUGGGUCGGUCCAGGUGGCAGGGGGAGCUCCAGCGAGACCUUCAUAGCAGUGCUUUCAAGGUUGAUGCUGGGAAACUUCACUAUCAUAGGAAAAUUCUGAACAAAAAUGGGCUCAUUACCAUGCAGUCCCACGUCAUCCGAUUACCCAAUGGAGCCCAGCAGCACUCAAUUCUCCUCCUCCUGAACCGAUUUCAUACGGACAGGAGGAGCAAAUACGACGUCCUGAUGGAGAAGCUUUCAGCUAUGCUGAGCGCGCGGAAUAACCGGAUAGAGACGCUGGGAGUGCUGAGGGAAGAGCUGGGGCUGUGUGAAAGGACAUUUAAGCGUCUAUACCAGUACAUGCUGAAUGCCGGACUGGCCAAGGUGGUGACUCUUCCCUUACAAGACAUUCACCCCGAAUGUGGACCUUGUAAGACAAAGAAAGGGACCAACGUGAUGGUGCGGUGCCUCAGGAUGCUGAAGGAAUUUAAACGGAAGGUUGACGACGAUGACGAGGACGAGGAGGUCAUCUCCAAGGGAGUGCCUCCAGUGGACAUUGUGUUUGAGCGGGACAUGCUCACACAGACCUACGAGCUCAUUGAGCGCAGAGGCACGAAAGGAAUCUCCCAAGCAGAAAUCCGAGUAGCCAUGAAUGUGGGAAAACUGGAAGCAAGAAUGCUGUGUCGGCUUCUUCAGAGAUUCAAAGUUGUCAAGGGAUUCAUGGAAGACGAAGGGCGGCAGCGGACCACCAAGUACAUCUCCUGUGUGUUUGCAGAGGAGAGUGACUUAAGCCGGCAGUAUGAGAGAGAGAAAGCCCGGGGGGAGCUCCUGACCACAGUGAGCUUGGCCUCCGUGCACGAAGAGUCAAUUCUGCCCGAAGGUGAAGACACCUUCCUCUCCGGGUCAGACAGUGAGGAGGAGAGCAGCAACAGUGGCAGCAAGAGGAAGAGCAAAGGAUCCCAGCCUCACCACUCCACCCCAGCUAAGGGUGGGGGGAAAUCUCUAAACCGACACUCACUGAAGAAGCAGCCGUCCUCUUUCCCAGGAGCUGCUGAGGAGAAAUCCUGUCAUAUCUCUGGUGGUGGGGACACCCUGGAAACCUACAGCAGGUCUGAUCCCUUCGGCUCUCGCCGUGUGGAGAGCUCCAGUGGUGACAUGGCCUUGAUCGAGGAAAUCAAGCUUGAAAAGGAGAGCGGCGGUUCCCAGAAAGCAGGGAAACAUGGCUCGGGCCAGGACAACAAGCCCCAUGAAACCUACCGACUGCUGAAGCGAAGGAAUCUGAUCAUAGAAGCUGUCACCAACCUCCGCCUAAUUGAGAGCUUAUUCACGAUUCAGAAGAUGAUCAUGGAUCAGGAGAAGCAGGAAGGCGUGUCCACCAAGUGCUGUAAGAAAUCCAUCGUCCGCUUGGUGCGGAACCUGUCUGAGGAAGGUCUUCUGAGGCUGUAUCGGACCACAGUUAUUCAAGAUGGCAUCAAGAAGAAGGUGGACCUGGUAGUGCACCCAUCCAUGGACCAAAACGACCCUCUUGUGAGAAGUGCCAUCGAGCAGGUUCGCUUCCGGAUCUCCAAUUCAAGCACAGCAAACAGAAUGAAAGGUUCCCAGUAUUCUGCACCCCAAGAGGAAAUAGAAGAAGAAAGUCAAGAAAACGAAGGCCCAAGUGGAUCAGGAGACCUGACUGCUUCCUUCAAAGAAGAAAGUGGGCCAAUGAAAAGAGCUGAUGAGAAAAUGGGUAUAACCCAACUUAAAAAUUAUCACCCCAUUGUAGUUCCUGGACUCGGGCGUUCUCUGGGGUUUCAGCCCAAAAUGCCUCGCCUGCGAGUGAUCCACAUGUUCCUGUGGUACCUAAUCUACGGGCACCCUGCCAACAGGACAGAGAAGCCAGUCCGCAGCUACGAACGGAGAAUGGGGAGGCAGAGGCCCACCAGGGCAGGAGCCCAGCCCUCCUUUGGCAGCAACUCAGAAAGCUUCUCUGACAUUUCAUUCAGAGACAGCCAAGAGAGCAUCACUUGGGAGAGAGAGAUAGAGCUCUCCAAGGAGACAGUGUAUGUGGAUGAUGCCUCGUGGAUGCGCUAUGUCCCUCCCAUCCCAGUCCACCGGGACUUCGGCGUUGGCUGGGCUGUCCUCAGCAACAUUCUCUUCUGCCUGCCACUCUCCAUCUUCGUCCAGAUUGUGCGAGUCAGCUACAAGGUGGAGAACCUUGAGGAGUUUCUGAAUGACCCAUUGAAGAAGCACACACUGGUCCGGUUUCUCCCGAGGGCCAUCCGGCAGCAGCUUCUGUAUAAGAGGCGUUACAUUUUUUCGGUGGUGGAGAACCUUCAGCGGCUUUGCUACAUGGGGUUGCUACAGUUUGGUCCCUCAGAAAAGUUUCAGGAUAAAGAUCAGGUCUUUAUCUUCUUGAAGAAGAAUGCGGUCAUAGUUGACACCACCAUCUGCGAACCACAUUACAAUCUUGCCCACAGCAGCCGGCCCUUUGAAAGGCGUCUCUAUGUCCUGAACUCAAUGCAGGAUGUGGAAAACUACUGGUUUGACCUGCAGUGCGUCUGCCUCAAUACCCCACUAGGUGUGGUUCGGUACCCUCAUGUCAAGAAGAACAGCGCAGACCAGGGCAGCGAUGAGGAGGGCAGUCUUCAGAAAGAGCAGGAGAGUGCCAUUGACAAGCACAACCUGGAGCGCAAGUGUGCCAUGCUGAAGUAUACCACUGGGAGCCGUGAGGUUGUGGACGAAGGCUUUAUCCCUGGAGAUGGGCUUGGAGCCGCUGGGCUGGAUUCCAGUUUCUAUGGACACCUGAAACGCAAUUGGAUCUGGACCAGCUAUAUCAUGAACAAAGCCAAAAGGGAGCACGCCUCAGAGAGCGGAUUCUCAGUGAGGCUCCAGACGUUUCUGUCCAAACGUUCGUUGCCAUUCAGUGGAGGCAGUAGCAAGUUGAAUCUCUGGGGAGAAACGAGAGAGGGCUCCGAGCUCUGUGCUGACAUUGAAGAGCAGUGUGAGGUCGACCAAGAGUCUACGCUGGACAGAAACGAGAGAGUAAAGGGCGGAAAAAGCCAGAAGCGGAAAAGGCUGAAGAAGGAACCUGAAAACAAGAUGAAAAGAAAGAAGAAAGAGGAGUUCCCAGAACAAAAAACCAAAAGCCUACGUUACCACGACGAGGCCGACCAGAGCGCCCUGCAAAGGAUGACCCGGCUGCGGGUCACCUGGUCUAUCCAGGAGGAUGGGCUGCUCAUGCUCUGCCGGAUCGCCAGCAAUAUCCUCAACACCAAGGUGAAGGGCCCAUUCGUCCCCUGGCAGGUCGUGCGUGACAUUUUGCAUGCUACCUUCGAAGAGUCUUUGGACAAAACGUCUCACUCCAUUGGCCGAAGAGCUCGUUACGUAAUCAAAAAUCCACAAGCCUAUCUGAACUACAAGGUUUGUCUCGCUGAGGUGUACCAGGAUAAAGCACUUAUCGGAGAUUUCAUGAAUCGCAAAUGUGACUAUGACGACCCAAAGGUUUGUGCCAAGGAAUACAAAGAAUUUGUGUGGAGGCUUCAGAAGAAGUUCAGUUCAGCUCUAAGGAAAUCCAGCCUUGAAAUCCCAGACACACUCCAUGAGCUGUUUGCCAGAUACCGAGUUUUGGUGAUUGGAGAUGAAAAAGGUCAAAUCAAAGCAGAUGAACUUAAUAGUGUGGACGACAUCCACUUUCUGGUGCUCCAGAACCUGAUCCAGAGCACGCUGGCUCUCUCCAACAACCAGAUGCAGACCUGUCAGUCAUUUCAGACUUUCCGCCUCUACCGGGAGUACAAGGACCAAAUUCUCGUGAGGGCCUUUAUGGAGUACCAGAAAAAGAGCUUGGUCAAUCGGCGUCGCGUCAACCAGAUGCAGGGCCCCAAGAAGAACCGGGCCUUGCCCUUCGUGCCAAUGUCCUACCAGUUAUCCCAGACCUACUACAGGAUUUUUACAUGGCGAUUUCCAAGCACCGUCUGCACGGAGUCGUUCCAGUUCUUUGACACAAUCCGGGCUGCUGGCAAGUUAGACCAGCCUGAUCGUUUUUCUUUCAAAGACCACGAUGAUGACAGUUCCACCGACAUGGUAGCAUUUUCUUUGGACGGCCCUGGAGGACAUUGUGUGGCCGCCCUGACCCUUCUCUCUCUGGGCCUCGUGUCCGUGGAUGUCAGGAUCCCAGAGCAGAUCGUCGUGGUGGACAGCACCAUGGUGGAGAGCGACGUCAUAAAGAGCUUGGGGAAAGAUGGGGGCCUGGAUGAGGAGGAAGAUGAGGAGGAAGACCUGGAGGAAGGCACAAGCAGCAAGCGCCGGAGCAUUGAUAUGAAGCGGGCCUCCCGGACCAACUACUUGCUGAUGAGGGGCUUCUACGCCCCCGGCAUCAUCAGCCUCCGCAACCUCAACCCCAACGACAACAUUGCGGUCAACUCCUGCCAGGUGAAGUUCCGGCUCCGCCACACCCCUGCGCCGACCCACCUGGAGCCCACUGCCGCCGUUCCUCUGGAUGAGCUGUCAGUGGGAACCUCCUGCCUCCCUGACAGACUCACCAGGCUGAUAACUCCCCCGGAAGACAUCUGCAGCCUGGAAGACUUUGUCCAGCAGGUGGAGCUGUCUGGCUAUAGGCCAGAAGACGUGUCUGCUGCCUUGGCUAUCCAGGGGGCCAUCGCAGCUACGGGUUGUUUUGGAGUUGACAUGGAGGAGCUGAACAGACAGUUCUCGGACUUCCAGGAGCCCGGUGGUGAGCGCACCAGGGCAUUCACAGACUACGUCCAGGACCUCCUGGAGCAGCAGCAGAUACUAGAAGUUGGAGGCAACACCGUGCGCUUAGUGGCCAUGGCCUCUGCCCAGCCCUGGCUCCUGCAUUCGAUGCAGCUCAAGAACAAAGGAGAGGAUUCUGACCCUCGAAGAGAAGAGCUCCAGGCCCGAGCCCCCAAGGUCCCUCUUGCUGAGGACAGUCUCUCCGAAGGGCAGGCUCAGCCUUCUCAGGGUCCGGAGAGCUCCAAGAGACGCUUCAGCUGGGCCAGUCAGAAUACGGAGACUGAUGCCAGUGGCGCCCAGAUGCCCCCAGCCAAGAGGCCCACACUCCACGAUGUGCGUUUGGGCCCUGGGCUUGGAGCAGAAGAGGAGGAUGAAUCCCAGGCCUUGGCUCUGUCCCCAGCUCCUGAAGACAUAAGUACAGAGGGGCCUGAGGAGGAGGACCAAGAAAGGAUGCCUGGCUCUCCUGGCCAGGAGCAGCCAGGCUACCAGAUCCAGCCCACAGAGGGUUCUGGACAGCCCCGAGGGUUUGCCGUGAGCUCUGUGGCCAGCACCCUCCCACUGCCUGCCCGGCAAGGGGACUUCGAAAUCAUCCACUUCGUCAGCCGCCCGUGGCGCAUCGUGGACGGCCUCCUGAAUCUGCCGGUGUGCAAGGGUAUGAUGGAGGCCGUGCUGUACCACGUCAUGAGCCGGCCCGGUGUGCCCGAGAGCUGCCUGCUAGAGCACUACCAGGGAGUCCUGCAGCCCGUGGCCGUGCUGGAGCUGCUCCAGGCCCUGGAGUUCCUCGGCUGUAUCAGGAAGCGCUGGAUGAGAAAGCCCGCGGCCGCCUCGCUCUUCUCCAAGCCCAUGGUUCAAGAGGUGGACAUGCCCUCCAGCCUGAGCGAGAGCUUCUUGGCGUUCUAUGAGCCCACAGUGGACUGCACCCUCCGGUUGGGCCGCGUGUUUCCCCAUGAGGUCAACUGGAACAAGUGGAUCCACUUAUAGGGUGCCUAUGAUCAGUCAGCGCCUCCCGCCUGCCUCCACCUGCCGGGCUGUCCUUGCCUGGUGGUUAGCAAACCCCCUGGAGCCCCAGGACAUUGGUGUGUGCUGAUCUUCCUCAGCAAGGGACGCUGCUCCAGCUAGAACGGUGCCAGCAGAGUUUCCCACUGCGUGGAACGCUGGAAAGGGCCACCACCUGCCUGCUCUGGGGCUCUUCCAGUCUGCCUAUUUGUCACACGGGGAGUUGGUGCUUACUGUCCCAGCCGGGCUGGGACAUGGGAGUGCAUUUGUGGGCAGCUUCAGUCUCCUUCGCUCUCUCCUCUUGUUGCCGGGGCUUCUGGGCUGCUGCAGCUCUCUGAAAAGCGGCCUGUGGUGAGUUUGAGAUGCCCUGUGGCUUGUCCCCCAAAGGCUUCCGAGGAGUGACCCCAGUGUGGGAGGAGAGCUGGCUCCCGGUGCCCAGGCGUAGCACAUUCUAGGCACACCCUAGUUUUCACCGUGGGCCCAUGGGGAUGGGCUCUGGGCUGGGGGGUCUGCCCCGUCUAUGCACACCUCACAUUCCCGAUUCCAGCCCCUACCUGAGGCUUCCCAAAUGCCCAAGUGCCACUGAGAAGAAGGAGCCUUGUGGGAAACAUGUCAGGCCAGGGGCCAUGUGCCUUGCGCCCUGCUGCUACAGGGCCCAGAGAGACCACGACUCUCCUUCAGGCCAGAUGCCCCGACCACUGAGGCUGGAAUGUGCCACUCAGAGAGGCCCUGGCGGGCCCCCCACUGCUCUGGCACCCUUCACUGGCUGGUGCUGCCUGCCAGCUGCAGGUGAGGAGCCCUGUAGGUUUUAGUUUCGUUUGUUUUGUUUUGUU